AUGGCAGACGCAAAGCAAGGUAAAUCACCAAUUGAAGACUUCUACAAUGGGCCAGCACAAGCUAGAGUGGUUCUGGCAAAGCCUAGACUUGGUGGUUUUGGUUCGGCCAACGCAGCAUCAAGUUCUAAUAAACCAUGUAAUAAUCCAUUUGGUUCCAUUCUGCGCCCCUCUCAGCUGAAACCUGGUAAUAAUCCAUUUUUAAAAGUUAAUGAAGCAACUGAAGAUACUCCUGAGGCUACUAAAGAACAAGAGGAAACUUCGGAUGAAGAGGGAUUGCAGGAAACCAAACAAGAACCUGAACCACCUAAGUUUGUACCACUGGGUUCUGCAAAUGUUACCCCACGGACCAACACAGCUGCACCCCCAGCAGUACAACCUGCUCCAAGCUCUUCAGGAUUUGUAUUUGGACAAAAUUUAAGUGAGAGAGUUGAAUUGAAGGAAAACAUCAACAAUGGUGAGGCUUCAACCACAGACCACAGCUCCUCCAAUGGUGCAACAGAGUUACUGUUCACUAGUGCUGCAGCAUCUGUCAAAGAUAAUCAGGAGGACAGUAAUCAAGGCGAGCCGUCGAGUGGCGACGGGCUGGCGGCCGCAGCGGCCGAGUACGAGCGCUCGCACGCGCGCCCGCCGCCGCCCACCGCGAACUUCACUAUCACCGGCGAGGAAGGCGAAAUAAAUGUCAUGCAGAUAUCGUGUCGUUUGUUCGCGUGGGAAGCGGGCAGCUGGCGUGAGCGGGGUCGUGGCGUGCUGCGACUGAAUGACGCGCCGGCUGGCAGCGGCGGCGCCGCCAGGCUCGUCGCCAGGGUGGCGGGCUCCUUGCGCGUCGUACUCAAUACCAAGCUGUGGCCCGACAUGGUCGUGGAGCGAGCCGGUACUAAGUCACUUAGAAUCACCGCCGUUGAUGCUCAACAGCAGAUCAAAUUAUUUCUUAUAAUGGGUGCACCCGGAGAUAUAGUUCAGUUGUACAGGGCUCUCACGGCCCGAGUUUCUAUGAGCAAGCGUUCGACGUCAUCCAAUACAGGUUCACAGAACGCCACCUCACAAAAAGCCGCUGAAAGGUUGGAAGCGGCCGCUGACGAGGAGGAUUACCUUGGAAAACCCGGUGAUGAACAAGACGAUGCCGUUGACGACAUCGCUCUCGAUGACGAUGAUGACAAUGAACCAGCUAACAAUGAGAGGCUAGAAGCCGAUCAUGAUGAACAAAAGACUGAAGAACACGAGUCCAACGUAGACGGCAUGAAGCCGGACAAGGAAAGCAAGUCACUGAAGCGGAAAGAACCGGCGGAGGACGAGACGUCGCCCAAGAGACAGUGCCCCGAGAUAUUAAUAGAGUGA